AUGAUACACUUUUUAGUUAUUGGGAGAACCCAAGUACUCUCUUUCGGAUCCCGGAAACAGCUCUCAGAGAUCUUUUUUUUAUCCUAUUACACUGGACUUCUCGGUAUGCCCGGUAUGACUGCCUAUGCUGGGUUCUAUGAGGUCUGUACUCCAAAGAAAGGAGAGACUGUCUUUGUGUCAGCUGCAUCUGGUGCAGUUGGUCAGCUUGUGGGACAAUUUGCAAAGAUCAUGGGAUGUUAUGUCGUUGGAAGCGCCGGCAGUAAAGAAAAGGUUGAUCUUCUCAAGAAUAAGUUCGGUUUUGAUGAAGCUUUCAACUACAAAGAAGAGCAAGACCUUAAUGCCGCCCUGAAGAGGUAUUUCCCAGAAGGCAUCGACAUAUACUUUGAGAAUGUAGGAGGCAAAAUGCUAGACGCGGUGCUCCUACAAAUGAAGCCACACGGCCGUAUCGCGGUAUGCGGAAUGAUCUCACAGUACAACUUCGAGGACCAAGAAGGAGUACAUAACCUAACAACCAUCAUCUACAAGAGAGUUCGGAUUCAAGGGUUUGUGGUCACUGAUUACUUCGACAAAUACUACAAGUUUCUUGAUUUUGUGCUUCCGUAUAUAAGAGAAGGGAAGAUCACUUAUGUUGAGGAUGUAGUUGAAGGGCUCGAGAAUGGACCUUCUGCUUUGAUUGGACUCUUCCAUGGUAAGAACGUCGGCAAACAACUCAUAGUGGUUGCUCGUGAGUGA